AUGCAGAGGGCCCUCUUCCCCAAAGCGCGAGUUUACCACUUCAUAAGAACGGGGAGGAGACACGGGGGGACGUCCCUGCUGAACCGAAUUGGACAGUCAUUCAACCAGGAGAGUUUAAAAAAUGCGAAAAUAAAGUUAACCGAGUACGGAAGGAGCAUCUCGCCAAACCAAAUGGGAAAGACAAGCAGCAGUACUGUUGGGGGAAGUGGCAUAUUCCAACACUUUAUAGAUAUUUUUAAAAAAAAAACAAACUCAACGGAUAGUCCCCAAAGUAGUGACAAAAACGAAAAAAAGGAAAAGGAGUUUUUUGAAUACUACGUAAAGUGCUUGAUGAAAUAUGAAGGCAUUUUUACGUAUCGAAAAUUUCAGUCAUUUUUAAAAGACCUGUGUGACUAUUUCAACGUCUUUGGCUUGACAUAUAAAUAUAAAAAAAAAAUGAAUCCCCAAUUGGAGAAAUUAAAAAAGCAGUACGAAGUUAUGAAUUCAUUUUUACCCUACGAGCUAGAUUCGGAUGAUUAUAAAAUAUUUCACGAGGAGAGUAAGAAGUACAUAGCUCAGUCGUGCAACGUGGAUAUAAACUUCAUUGAUGAGUUACUACUUUUUCACGAUUCGUUAAAGACAGACAGAACGUGGUUUUAUCGGAGAAUUAUUUUAAAGAGGAAGCUACCCGAGAGUUUUGAAGAACGAGAAAUUGAGGCUCCGUACGAUAGACCCAUCACAAAGACCUUUAAUUAUGGUAUUAAAGAAUCUUCACUGGAAUAUGAACAGUACAUGCGAAAGCAUGGGCGCAAAUUGAAAUUUAAAAAAUGGUUCUCGAAGAAGCACCCGUGGUUUAGGAAAAACAGUUCUGGCAAGAACAGAUGGGCCACACGACCCUACACGAAGAAGUUCCCCUACCUGUACUACUCACGUGUUCCAGGGCAUUUGUAUCUCUCCAGGAACAGGCCUCGUGUUGGGGGUUAA